AUGUCUUACUAUGGAAACUACUAUGGUGGCCUAGGCUGUGGCUAUGGUGGCUAUGGAUGUGGCUACGGUGGCCUAGGCUGUGGCUAUGGUGGCUAUGGAUGUGGCUACAGUGGCCUAGGCUGUGGCUAUGGUGGCUAUGGAUGUGGCUACGGUGGCCUAGGCUGUGGCUAUGGCGGCUAUGGAUGUGGCCACAAUGGUGUGGGCUAUGCCUGUGGUGGUUAUGGAUAUGGCUGCAACCGCCCAUCUUGCUGCAGAAGAUGCUGGUCCUACGGCAACUACUACAGUGGCCUGGGCUGUGGCUACCAUGGCGGGUAUGGAUAUGGUUGCUGCCACCCAUCUUGCUAUGGCAGAUACUGGUCCUAUGGAGUCUACUGA